AUGGCCACUGCAUCCUCGGCAUAUAUAUCUGCUUCGACAAACCGCUUCUCGCACGCUGCAGAUAUAUCUUCAUCUUCUCUAGUUGCUUAUGGAUCGUCUCAGCUUGUUGCGCUUUGGGAUGUCACUGAUCUACAUGAUCCCGGUGUGAAGGAAACUCUACCCGGCCACGAGGGCGACGUAACAUGUGUAUCCUUUGCAAGAGAUGACCUUCUCGUUACCGCGGAUAACAAGGGGCAAGUCCGGUGUUGGAGGAAAUUUGGACUCCAGGCAUGGCAGGCUCAUUGGAAAUCAACUGCUGUCUUGCAAGGACAUGAAAAGGCUAUCACAUCACUCUGCGUUCUUGACCAAAUUUUGGUCACUGGGAGCUCAGAUUCACUGGUCAAGGUUUGGAGUAUCACUUUUGGAAUUGAGACCGAUCAAGUUGCUGAGGUACAAGUCCUAUCUCUUCACGGGAAAUAUUCCCUUGCCCUUGCCCUUGUCACUCUACCAGGAUCAACUGCGACUAUGCUUGCAAUUGCAGGUACAGACCAUAAAGUUCACAUCUGGACCCGUUCAGAAGAGACAUUCAUCAGAUCCGUCGUACUCCCAGGACACGAAGACUGGGUCCGGAGUCUUGCUUUCCGAGCUCCUGAAGCUGUUCACGACCCACUGGUUUUGGCAUCCGGUUCACAAGAUGGGACUAUACGCCUGUGGAGUAUCGAAAUAAUGUCCAGAGACAAGCCCAAAGAGUUUUCACUAGGUAACACCAAUACUGAGCAACUGAACGAUGAGCUUCUGGACGCCUUCGAGGCGUCCCUGGGUGACCUGGCGGAUGGAGAAGAGGGCGGUCGACAAAUAUCUCUCAAACGACAUGUCUUGACUGUGAAGACUGAUCAGGGCUCCCAGCAGUUUUCAAUAACGUUUGACGCACUUUUGAUCGGCCAUGAAGCUGGCAUUACCUCUUUGUCUUGGCGUCCCACCACGAGUAACCCUCAAGCAGAUCAAAGACCCACUCUUCUCUCAACCUCUACAGAUUCUUCCGUCAUUCUUUGGUCCCCAUCUAAUGUUAUUACUUCGUCUCAGGAUGGCUCGACAUCUAUCUGGAUAAAUCGACAACGGUUUGGAGAUAUUGGAGGGCAAAGGCUUGGUGGCUUCAUCGGUGGCUUGUGGUCUAAAAAAGGGACGGAGGCCAUGGCUUGGGGGUGGAGCGGCGGAUGGAGGCGCUGGCGGUGUGAUGAUGAAAAAAUGCCAGGGAGUGAAGGUAUUGACAACUGGAGCGAAAUUGGUGCAGUCGGUGGGCAUAGCGGACCUAUUAAAGACCUCGAUUGGAGCCCCAAAGGAGAAUACCUCAUUUCAGUUGGGCUCGACCAAACAACUCGUAUGCAUGGAGCGAUCCAGACAGCAGACGCAAACGGUGCGCUAACUUAUGUAUGGCAUGAGCUGAGUAGGCCGCAGGUACAUGGAUAUGACAUUGUUGGCGUGAGGUUCCUCGAUGCUCUCAAGUUCGUGAGUAUCGCAGAUGAGAAAGUCGCCCGAGUGUUUGAAGCCCCACGCGUAUUCGUUGACUUGGCGAAGGGUCUUGGAGUGUUAGACUCCACCAUAAGCAGUGAGGAAAGGCCCCUUGGUGCUAGUGUUCCUCCGCUUGGCUUGUCCAACAAAGCAGUCAGGGAAGUUUUACCUACGGGACCAAACCCAGAUACUCCCAUUCGACGUCCUUUCGAAGGCGAACUUGCAUCUACCACCCUGUGGCCAGAAGUUGAGAAAGUGUUUGGCCACGGUUACGAAUUAAUAAGCCUUGCUGUAUCAAAUGACAAACGUAUGAUAGCAACGGGAUGCAGGGCAUCGUCCGCGGAUCAUGCCGUUAUACGUGUAUACGAGGCUGAUACAUGGCAAUUAUAUGGAUUGCCACUUGAAGGGCAUGCCCUCACCGUCACACGCAUCUCCUUCAGCCCCGACAACCGUUUCAUUCUAACGGUGUCUAGAGACCGGUCAUGGAGGUUGUUUGAGAAAAAAGAAGGAGGUUUCAUACCUACGGCGUCAGAUAAAUCUCACACCCGAAUUAUCUGGGAUUGCGCCUGGAGCAACGAAGGUGAUAUUUUUGCAACGGCAUCUCGCGAUAAAACAGUGAAAAUAUGGGAAGCCAAUUCGGCGGCCAGUCAACGAGCUGCUUUGACAACGAUCAAGGUUAAGGAAGCCGCCACUUCCCUGGCUUUUUGUCCUGCAAAUACAAUAAAUCGACGUAUGUUGGCUGUCGGAUUGGAAACAGGGGAAGUAUUAGUUUAUUCCAGCGUAUCCUCGUUGCCCUCUAAGUGGGACCUUGAUUUGACGAUCGAUUCUAGGACUGCACAUGUCAAUCAAAUACAUCGAAUGGCGUGGAGACCAUUGGAUGAUCGUGAAACUCAAAUCAGACAGCUGGCAACCUGUAGUGAAGAUGGUACAUUGAAGAUAUUGAUCGUCCAUACGGGGUAG